AGGUUUCGCUUUGUUUCUGAUAUAAGAGCACAGAUUGCAGGGUGCAUCUUGAUUCUCCGAGAUGGCGUUCUUUCAUACAUUACCCCCGGCUCUCCUGCUGCUUCUUUGUCUGGGAUCUAGAACAGCAGAGGCUGUGAACCCUGGGUUUGUGGUGAGACUGACGCAGAAAGGGCUGGAUUAUGCCCGUCAGGAAGGAAUGGCUGUUCUGCAGCAGCAGCUCGCUAAGAUCCACCUGCCCGAUUUCUCAGGUUCUACCCACGUUGGGCAUUUUGGGAAAGUGAAGUACAGCUUCCACAGCCUGAACAUCCGCAGCUUCCAGUUACCAAGCUCACAAAUUAACCUUGUUCCUGGCGUUGGCCUGAAGAUGACCAUCUCCGGAGCCUUCAUUCAGAUCGAUGGACAAUGGAAGAUACACUAUCUCCACGUAUCAACCCAUGGGGGCUUUGAUUUGAAGGUGGAAGGACUCACUAUUUCUGUAGGCCUGAAACUGGGAAGUGAUGGGUCGGGAAGACCAACCAUUACCCCCUCUGACUGCAGCAACCAUAUUGGAGAGGUUAAAGUGCACAUCUCCGGAAAGUUUGGCUGGUUGGCGGACCUCUUCCACCGGUCUAUUGAGAAAGACCUAAGAAAUGCUAUUGAAAAGCAGAUCUGUCCAUUGGUUAGUGAAUCAAUUACUUCCAAACUUGAACCCCUUCUCCAAACAUUACCAGUUACAGCAAAAAUUGACAAUGUGGCCGCCAUCGAUUACUCGCUCACAGGACCCCCCUCUGUAAUGGCUGAAUUUGUGGAUGUGCAGCUGAAGGGAGAAUUUUUCAUCUUGAAUAACCACACUACGCCUCCAUUCUCCCCGUCCGCUCUGUCCCUGCCGGUGGAUCACAAUCUCAUGGUUUACUUCGGAGUUUCUGAUUAUUUGUUUAACAGCGCUGGGUUUGUGUAUCAGUCUGCUGGAAAGCUGUGCUUCACGAUCACUGAUGACAUGGUCCCAAAGGACUUUAACAUCCGUCUGAACACUUCAUCUUUUGGCACCUUGAUACCCCAGAUAUCCAAGAUGUACCCGAACAUGCUUAUGAAGCUUAAGGUUCUAACUACUUCUGCUCCAUUCUUGACCAUACAGCCUGGAAAUUUGACCAUCUCACCGGUGGCUGAUAUCCAAGCCUUCGCUAUUCUACCCAACUCCUCGCUGGCGCCUCUGUUUGUCCUCAGUGUGACAACCACUGCUGUGGCGAAAGUUGGGGUGAGCACAGGCAGGAUCGUGGGUAAUUUGGACCUCAGCAGGAUUCAGAUGGACCUGAAGCAUUCUGAUGUGGGCACUUUCUCAGUAACAAUUUUAAACGUGGCGGUGAACUAUUAUCUCUCACACAUUAUCCUUCCCCAAGUUAACGCUAUCCUGAACAAAGGAUACCCGUUGCCACUGCUGGAUCACGUACAGCUCACGGAUGUCAUCCUACGGCCCAGCGAGCACUUCUUACUUUUCGGUGCCAAUGUCCACUAUGGAUAAAUAUGAGAAGAACCAACCAUGGGCGUCCCUAGAAAUAUUUAUGGGGUGGGGAAAUGUCAUUAUCAUUGAAUUUUCAGGUGGGUCAAGUGUCCUCUUUUGCCCCAAUCACGGACGCCAAUGAAACUAUAAAUAUGGACCUGACAUGGAGUGGGCUUCCAUCAAGGAUCUGCUGAGAAGGUCUUAUCUUCAGCUUGACUUGGUUUUACUUUCACUCACAAAAAUGAAGGUCUUCAUAGCGAAAAUGGAUUCUGUAGUCAAACGCCAUAUACAUACUGUCCCAACUUGGUCUGAAGAGCUUUGUAUGGAAACCAAUAUGUCGUCCUCGUUGAAUGUUACUACUUACAUAGUUACCAUAUAUAUAGAUUUAGAAGCCUCUGCCGUAGGCAUUAGGAGAUAUUGAAAGUCAUUACGUUGUAUUUUUUUAUUGUUAAAGCAUUAAAUCAAUGACUGGA